AUGCUUCUUGAAUGUUACUGGUGGUAUUCUACUGAUUGGGCUGCUAAUGUACAAAGAAUUACCUCAAUAGUCAAAUCAGAGGAAAUAACUGUAUUCGUAUUUCUAACACACAAAGGAACAACAUCCAAUGAACUAACUAAUGUGUACGAAACGUCAAGACAAUCGUGUAGUAAAGAACUUAGUGGACCAAGUACGAAAGAUUUGGACUGUAGAACAACAAUAAAUAACGACAAAGUAUGUGAAUCAUUGGAAGAAGAUUCAGCCAAUGUGAACGUUGAUGAUGAACAACCGUACAGUAAUGGCGAUGUUAAACUUCAUGUGUCACUAAAAGAAGCUCUGAAAAUGAAAGAAUUUUAUCUUUUAUCUAUAGUUUGUAUUUGCUCAUAUUUUCCAUUCAUGUUUGUAAAUGUGUUUUAUAAGACAUAUGGACAGACGUUUAUACAAGACGACACGUUUCUAGCCACCACUGGUUCUGUAGCUGGAGUUGUUCAUGCCCUCAGUCGAGUGAGUGUGGGCUUAACUCAUGACAAAUUAUCUUACAAG